CCCAUUCGACCCCGAAGUUGCCUGUGAGCAAUUUCAAAAGUUUAACGGCUAUCGGUAGUCGGUGCUUUUGUUUUUGUCUGCUUAUUCUUCGAGAUAACGGUGCUUUGAUGUGUAUACUUAGAAUGUAAGCAAAAAAAUUCUAGUUUGCGCAUCAUUUGACGAAAUUAUUUGGAAUGUGCUGGACGUGCCUCGCGUAAAAAGUGAUUGUUGUAUUGUGAGGUAUAUUGAAAAGAAAGUGAUUUACUUUUUAAUUACGCAUUAAAAGUUGAAGAAUGUGAGUGAAAUUUGUUAAUAAAUGAAUUCUUUAAUGCAUGUUGUAGUUCAAUCUAAUUGAUUUCUAUUAAAAAACAACUGAGGAAUUUUCAAAGUAAUAAAGUUGCUUGUGAGCAACCUUGGGCCAUUGCACCACCAAAAUAUGAGACCAAAAGAAAAAGGUUUAUCAAAUGAUGAUAUUGAGAGAAUUGUGAACUUCGAUUGGGAUGUCUCCAGUGACGAAGAAAGUGGUGAUGAAAUGGAAGACAUCUCUGGAAUGUUGGAGAAUAAUUUAAAAAGUAUAUUGGAAAGGGGAGAAUCAAAGAAUUUGAGCAUAUUGAAAAUUUGAUUGAUGAAAAAAGCAUUCAAGAAAAUAGUGUUGUGGCUGAUAAUUGCUUUGAAAAAGUUGAUCCCAAAACACUUAAGUGGAGAAAUAGGCCAUUUCAAGCUCCAGGGUGUAUUUGGGAAGAAGAUAGUAAUCGCCAAAUCGAUGAAGUGAAGACCCCUGUAGAGUAUUUCUGCAGCUUUUUUGACAAUAAUGUUAUUGAUUUAAUUACAAAUCAAACUAAUUUGUAUGGGUUGCAAGAGCACGGCAUAGAGCUGCAAUGUACUGGAGAUCAAAUAAAAAGGUAUAUCGGAAUUUUAUUGUACUUGGGUGUCAUAAAAGUACCUCAAUUUAAAAUGGCUUGGUCAAAAGAAUACAAGCUUUCUGCUAUAUCGGAUGCAAUGCCACGAGGAAAGUUUGAAAAAAUCAAACAAUGUUUACAUUUCAACGAUAAUACAAAACAACUAAAAAAAGGUGAUUUGAACUAUGAUAAACUGUACAAAAUACGCCCUUUACUUGACAUUCUCAAAAAAAGUUUUGGUAAACUACCCCAAGAAGAACAUCAAAGCGUUGAUGAGCAAAUCAUUGCGUACAAAGGCCAAUCGUCUUAUAAGCAAUACAACCCAGCUAAGCCUCACAAAUGGGGUUUAAAAAUGUUUACGCGCGCUGGAACAUCUGGAUUAGUUUAUGACUUCACACUGUAUGUUGGCGAAGGCACUUGCCCAAACUUUGGAUUGGGAAUAUCUUCAGAUGUGGUAUUAUACUUAUCAAAAGGUCUUCCCAAAGGCAAACCUUUCAAGCUGUAUUUUGACAAUUGGUUUACGUCAGUUAGUCUCUUGGUUGCAUUGAAGGAAAAUGGCAUAUUUGCAACCGGAACUAUCCGCAAAAACCGCAUAAGCAGCUGUAGACUUCUUUCAGAUGCAGAAUUGAAAAAACGUGGAAGAGGAUCAUUUGAUACAAAAUAUGAAGUAAACAAUAAUCUGAUAUGCGUCAAAUGGUUUGAUAAUAAGUCGGUUCAACUACUAUCUUCGUAUGAAGACCAUCAGCCAGUUGGAAUGUGCAAACGAUGGAGUCCUAAAGAAAAAGUUUACAUUGAUGUUGUAAGGCCUGCUAUCGUAGGCUCUUAUAACAAGGGUAUGGGAGGAGUAGACUUAGCGGACAUGCUUAUGGAGCUAUAUAAAAUAAACCACCGUUCAAGAAAGUGGUACAUUAGAAUUUUUUAUUGGUGCUUGGGAACAUCAAUGACAAAUGCAUGGCUGCUGUAUAGAAAAAAUUUUCAUUUUCUAAACCCAAAUCAAAAGUAUAUACCGCUCAUCAAAUUUCAAAUGGAAGUUGCUCAUGAGCUGCUACAAUGUACUUACUCUACUUCAUUUGAAAAAAAGAGGGGUCGGCCAUCAAAUAUGCAAAGAGAAAACUCAAUAAUAUCUUUGGGUUCUCCAACUAGCAGUGUGUCUUCCAAUCAAUCCAAAAAAUACAAGUUUCAGCCAAAUCCUACAAAUUCUAUGCGUUACGAUUGCAUGGAACAUUGGGUGGUAUUUACUGAAAAAGGGCGUUGCAGACUGUGUAAGACAGGAACCCCAAUGUCAAAAUGUAUUAAAUGUAAAGUACACCUAUGCUGUAACAACAAUAAAAACUGUUUUAUGUCUUACCAUACUUAAAAAUUGAAAAUAAACAAAAAUAACCAUCAACUAAAAAUGUAUUCUUUAAUAUACACUAUGGCCCAACGUUGCCCACAAGCAACAUCCGGUAGCGCCCAAACUAGUGGGGGUGGGGAGUUCAAACUUUACUCAAAUACUGCUUGGCCCAAUACAAACAGAAUACAAAAAAAAAAAUAUUUUUUUUUC